AUGGCGAGAUUUGCAUCAACGAUAUUUGAAUGUUUUGUCGACUGGCCGACUCCGCCUGUUUAUGUAUCACUCGUAACGAGACACUGCGACAGUCCAACCAACAUUUUACAAGUUCAGAAUGCUACAAAAGAAACAUCGUAUGAACAGCAUUUAACAGUCUGCCUACCACCCUUACUAUUGCACUAUGAUAAAACUACCGACUUUAUAAAAUGGUUAGAGAUCAAUAGGCAGUUUGGAGUUGAUAAAUUUGUUGUUUAUAAAUACUCAUCCGGGUCUAAUAUUGACCGCGUGCUAGAACAUUACUCAGAACGAGGCUUAACGGAAGUAGUACAAUGGCGGCCGCCAAUGGUUGAUGAAAAUUUCCCACGAGAAAUUCAGCCUGUUGAAAUAGAAAAUUACGCCCAAACCGUGGCUCUUAAUGACUGCUUGUAUAGAAACAAGAAAACGUCAGAAUUCAUCACAAAUAUGGGCCUCAAUGAAUACAUUAUAUCUCCUUUUAACAAUGAAUCCACGAUACAUAAUAUGGUCAACAGCUUAGGCAUAAACGCCGCAGUGUACCAUGUGACCAAGUCUAUUUUGCAAAAGAGGCUCGACAAACCAAAACUGAAACCAAAAAGUAAAAUCAUUAGAGAAAAACAAAAAGAGAAACAAAAACUAAACUUACAAGCAGUAAAUGACAAACCCAAGCUGAUAAUUCGUACAGCAGAGGUUGAAUUUUCAUCAAUGCAUCAUGUGCCAGGUGUAGACAGUUACAUGGUUCCGUCCGAAAAAGCACUGAUGCAUAGAAACUCAGGUUUUGGACGAAAUCAAACAUUAGUCCCAAAAUUUGACAGUGUGCUGUCAUGGAAGAAUGGCUUGCCAGUCAAUAGUCAAAACUAUUACUCGAGGUCAAAAGGACAACAGACAGAUCAACAGCACCAA